ACUGCGCUUCUAGAAGCUAGAAUUACAGUAGACUCAACUAUAAAGAACCCAUCUGAGAACAUGGAGUUAAGUGAAAACCUGGAAGCCAGCUUGAAGCCAAAGUGUACGUGACUCAGCUACCAAGCUUCACUAUGAGAAGAGUUCACAGACCCUCGCUCAUAUUAUGUUACUUUUACUUCACGUGCAGUGAUUUUAGAGUUGGUAUUUAAGGAAGAAAGAGGGGACUGCUGUAAGAAGCACGUGCAUCAAUUUAGCCAAAAGUAACAGCAGAGAGCCUCAACGCAAAGGAACAAAGAGGAAAAUUCCAAAAAAGCAAAUGGAAAAAUUGAAAAACAAAACUCAGAUCAUAGUAGAAUAUAGUUAACAACCACACUUCAGUGACCCUGGGGAAGCUCUCUGAUAAGACAGUCCACACAAUGGAAGUUUAUAAUGUAAACCCUGGACAUUAUUAAAACAGUUAUACUCGCGAGAAGGCGUGUAAUGUGCUACAUCAAAACUGUGAUAAAGAUUUUAUAUGUAAAGAGUUUGUUAUCUUAACAGUAGCAGUUACAGCAAACACUGAACCCAGUGCUUUACGUACAGAAUUUUAUUUCUCACAGCAACCCCUUAAGGCUGGUGUAAAUAACAAUAACCCUGAGAUAUUGUUUUGUUCAUCUGAAACCCCAAACGAAUGCAUGUUGUCUCUUUCUAGAUCUGAAUUCUAUAAGCAUAUUGUGCUUUCUGGAGGAUCAACUAUGUAUCCUGGGCUGCCUUCACGGCUGGAACGUGAACUUAAACAGCUUUACUUAGAACGAGUUUUAAAGGGAGAUGUGGAAAAACUUUCUAAAUUUAAGAUCCGCAUUGAAGACCCACCUCGCAGAAAGCAUAUGGUAUUCCUGGGUGGUGCAGUUCUAGCAGAUAUCAUGAAGGACAAAGACAACUUUUGGAUGACCCGACAAGAAUACCAAGAAAAGGGUGUUCGUGUGCUGGAGAAACUUGGUGUGACUGUUCGAUAAACUCCAAGGCCUGUUCCCAUCACAGCCCCAACACUUU